AUGCAGUCCUUCAUCCAGUACCGCAAGUUUCGGACUGCCAUCAAAGCACAGCUGGAACGAGACAGGGUGAAGCUUCAGCAUGAUGAGAAAGAGCCGGGUGCAGCGCACGACGAUGACUCGCCGAGUUCGAGUGCGAGUAAAGAUAGCGGCGUUGAGGGCAACGAGCCAGACCUCGAGCGAGGACGCCGGCGCAGCUCGAGGAGGGAUGCAGCCCAGGCUGAGGAUGUGAAUGCGAGGGACUUUCGAGAGCCGGCGGAAGAGCAGGCGCCCGUCGAAGACGAGGAAGAGGACGAUGCCGAUGAUUACGAGCUCGGGCAAUAUAGCACCCGACAGCGCUCCGUCUCGCGCUCAACCACACAAUCUGCAGGUACCCGGCUGGGCACAGUGCUGAGUGGCGUCGAGGUUCGCAGGCGCACGACCAAAGAAGGCGGAGAGGGGAAUGUGUUUGUGGUCAGCUACGAGUCCGACGAUGACCCGCUCAACCCUCACAACUGGAGCAACUUCACCCGCAUCCGAUGUACCCUCACCGUUGCCGGCAUCGGGUGCGUCGUGGGUUUCGCCAGCGCCAUCGACAGCGCUGCCACCCUACGCAUAGCCAAGGCGCUGCAUACCACUCCCGUCGUCGAGAGCUUGGCCACGGGACUCUUCCUCAUCGGCUUCGGCGCUGGCGCCCUCACCGCAGGCCCCUUCUCUGAGACCUUCGGUCGCAACCCGGUGUACAUCUUCACCUUGACCAUGUACAUGAUUUUCGUCAUGGCCUCGGGCCUGGCAAGGAAUAUCGAAGAGCAAUUGGUGUUUAGGUUCAUUGCGGGCUACUUUGGCUCCACGCCCUUGACAUGCGCCGGCGGAUCGAUUUCGGAUCUUUGGAACCCGCUGGAACGUGUCAUUACCUUUCCCAUUUUCGCCAAUGCCGCGUUCACCGGUCCACUGCUCGGUCCUAUAGUCGGCGGUUUUAUUGCGGAGAGUUAUGACAUAUCCUGGCGAUGGGUGGAGUGGACAACGCUUCUCUUCUCGGGCUUGGUCCUGACCUUUGUCGUUCUCUUCCAACCCGAGACAUUCCCCCCAGUCCUGCUCAAAUGGAAAGCAGAGCAUCUGCGCACCCUCACCGGCGACAACCGCUACAAAGCAGCCAUCGAAAUCCGCGACGAGACCCUCUCCGUCAAACUCAAACGCGCCCUCUACCGCCCCUUCCUCCUCACCUUCCGCGAACCCAUCAUCAUCCUCGUCGCCCUCUACCUCACCAUCAUCUACAUCGUCCUCUUCGGCUUCCUCGAAGGCUUCACCUACGUCUUCGGCGACACAUACGGCUUGUCCGAGGGCCUCACCGGCCUCACCUUCCUCUCCAUCAUUGUCGGGCUUUUCGGCGCGUCCGCGCUCGUCCCUCUCAUCUACAAAUGGGCCAAACGCGACCUCAAAAAGAUUGAGGAAGAAGGCGGAACGGGCGGCCUGCCGCCGGAAUUCCGCCUGUGGUUCAGCAUGCUCGGCGGCUCGAUUGCUAUCCCCAUCUCCCUAUUCUGGAUGGCGUGGACCGCGCGUCCGGACAUUUCGAUCUGGAGUCCCCUGGCGGCCGGCGUACUAUUCGGCUACGGCACACUCUGCGUCUUCAUCACCUCCUACCAAUACGUCAUCGACUCGUACGAAAUCUACGCCGCCUCGGCCCUGGCGUCCGUCACGCUCAUCCGCUACAUUGCAUCGGGCGGCAUCGUCGUCGUCGCCAUCCCGUGGUACAGCGGGCUCGGCGUGCCGUACACGCUGACGAUCCUGGCGUGCAUUAGUGGCAUCAUGGCGCCGGUGCCGUACGUCUUUUACAAGUACGGGGCGAGGAUACGCGCAAAGUCGAAGUACGCGGUCAAUAAAUAG